GCUGGGAAAGAGAUCUAGUCCGGCCAGAUGCUGCCCUGAGAGGGAGCGGGAGGAGACACCAGCAGGGCUUAGGGUUAUGGGACAGGGGCUUGGGACCAGGUCCCGGUGUCUGCACCGUGAUAGCUCAUCUAAGUCUGAGGGUGCAGGCCCAGCUGCUAGGGGGUGGGGGAGGAGGGGCCGAGCUGCCUAGGCUGGGGGACAGGGGCAGGGUGGGAGAGGACUAGGGAUCCAGAGCACUCCCAGCCCCCCCAGGCAGGGGGCACGGCUGCACCCAGGCCUUGACCUCAGCUGACCCUGAGAGCCCACAUGGGGCACGGGGUCUAAUUUUAGCUCCAGCCGCAGGGCCCAGAGCCCAGGAGUGCUCACCAGUGGGCACAGGGGCAGCCAGGGCUACUGAGGGGCUGCUGAGGCAGGGGGAGGAUUGGGGAGGCCAGCCCCACUUCUGUCCAGCCCCGCACCCUGGCCAAGCCACCUCCUGUGAGAGCCCUGACGGGUCCCCCAUGGCCUGGCAGACUGCCCGCCUCUCCGCUGAGGCCAAGGUCAGGGGGUGCAGCCAGGAGGGCAGAAGGACGUGGCCUUGCAGUGUGGUCAGGGAUUGCAUCAGCCUGAGCAGUGCCCAGGGGCAGGGGGCCUUGCUGGGGGGGGCAAAGCCUGGCUUGUUUGUCCAAAGGCCAAGGAAGCAGAUUCCUGACUGCAAGAAGGCAAGGCCAGAAAGCCGGGUCCUCCCUGGCCUCCCGGUGCCUGGCUGGUGGUUGCCGUUUGACCUUACACAGGCAGCCUGUUCUCAAUGGGCCUCAGUCUUCCCAUCUGUACAAUGAAGGCGCUGAACUAGAAGGCCGACUCCAGCUCCAGCGGCUCACCCUCAAGCCCCUGCUCCUCCUGCUUCCCCCAGCCCUGGCUGUGGGUGGCCACAUGCAGUCGUGGAGAAGAAAGGCCCUCUGGCUGGCACUGUUGGCCUCUUGGCUCCUCGUCCUCCUGAGAGUCUUCCCCCUUCUCCGCCUGGCAGUGCCUGCCAGACCUUGGGCAGGUGCCCCCCAAGGCUGGCCCCGCUGGCUGGAUGCAGAGCUCCUGCAGAGUUUCUCGCAGGCUGGGGAGCUCCCAGAAGAUGACCCUCAACCUCCUCAAGUCCCCCGUGGUGGCGGCCACUGUGACUGGGGAGCUUGCUUUAAUGUCUCCAAGUGCAGGGGUGGUGGCCUCAAGGUAUUCGUGUCCCCCGUGGCUGGACCUAUCUCUGACACUCAGCGCGGGAUCCUGGCUUCCAUUGAGAGCUCCAGCUACCACUCAGUCAGCCCUGAUGAGGCCUGCCUCCUCCUCCUCCUCCUCGGUCCCGAAGCCCCGGCUGGAGAGUGCAGCCCGGUGCCCCAGCAAUGGAAUGGGGGAAAGAACCAGCUGGUCCUCAGUCUCCACCCAGCCCUCUGCCCCCAGACCUUCCCACCGGGACAGGCGAUGGUGGCCAAGGCCAGCCCCGCGGUGGACACCUUCCGGCCUGGCUUUGAUGUGGCCCUGCCGCUUCUCCCUGAAGCCCACCCAUUGCGAGGUGGGGCACCUGGUCAGCUGCGACAGCACAGCCCCCACCCCGGGGUGCCCCUGCUAGCCCUGGCAGAGGAGAGGGGCGGGUGGCGCGUGGCAGGCGCUGACUCCCCUGCCUGCCCCUGGGACGGGCGCUGUGAGCAGAACCGUGGACCCGAGCAGACCCCCCUUGGGGCAACGCUACCCAAUGCCACCUUCUGCGUCAUCCCUGGCCACCGUCCAGAAGCCUUGCACUUCCUCCAAGCCCUGCAGGCUGGCUGCAUCCCUGUGCUGCUCAGCCCUCGGUGGGAGCUGCCGUUCUCCGAAGUCAUCGAUUGGACCAAGGCUGCCAUUGUAGCAGACAAGAGGCUCCCAUUUCAGGUCCUUGCUGCCCUCCAGGAGAUGCCCCCCACAAGGGUCCUUGCCCUGCGUCAGCAGACCCAGUUUCUGUGGGAUGCCUACUUCUCCUCAGUGGAGAAAGUCAUCCACACCACUCUGGAGAUCAUUCAGGACCGGAUCUUCGGAGCAUCUGCUCACCCUUCGCUACUGUGGAACAGCCCCCCAGGCGCCCUCCUGGCCCUGCCCACGUUUUCCACAAGCCCCUCAGACUUCCCAUUCUACCACCUACAACGGGGCUCUCGGCCUGUGGGCCGGUUCAGCGCCCUGAUCUGGGUGGGGGCCCCAGGCCAGCCCCCGCUGAAGCUCAUCCAGGCGGUGGCAGGCUCCCAGCACUGUGCCCAGAUCUUGGUUCUCUGGAGCAGUGAGAAGCCACUUCCACCCAGGUGGCCCAAGACAACAGUGCCCUUGACAGUCCUGGCCGGGCAGAGGAAGGUCAGUGAUCGCUUCUUCCCUCACCGAGCCAUCAGCACUGAUGCCAUCCUCAGCCUCGAUGCACACAGCAGUCUUACCACAAGUGAGGUGGACUUUGCUUUUGCAGUGUGGCAGAGCUUCCCUGAGCGGAUGGUGGGCUUUCUGACGUGGAGUCACUUCUGGGAUGAGGCCCAGGGUGGCUGGGGCUACACGGCUGAGAGGACCAACGAGUUCUCCAUGGUUCUCACAUCAGCUGCCUUCUACCACAGGUAUUAUCACACCCUCUUCACCCACUCCCUGCCCAAGUUUCUGAGAACCCUGGCAGAUGAAGCACCCACCUGUGUGGAUGUCCUGAUGAACUUCCUAGUAGCAGCUGUCACCAAGCUGCCCCCUAUCAAGGUGCCCUAUGGGAAGCAGCAUCCAGAGGCUAGGCCUCCACUGGUGAGGAUCCAGGCGCCUGGGGCCUCGGAACAGCAGCCGCCAGCCCAUGACUGCAUCAAUCAUAUGGCAGAGGAGUUUGGCUACAUGCCCCUGGUUUCCUCUCGCCUCCGUCUGGACCCUGUACUCUUCAAAGACCCCGUGUCCGUACUCCGCAAGAAGUAUCGCAGCCUGGAGAAACCCUAGGAGAGAGCAGGCCCAGGCCCCAGGCCUGCUCCCAGGGGGCACUGCAUCUGCGGGGGUGGGGGGUGUCGGCGGCCCCCAUCCCUGGCACAUCUGGAGAUCCAAUCAAGGCUGCCAAUUAGCCAACAGGUCAGAUCCCUAUUGCCCAAUCAGCCAUUGCACCCCGAGGCGCGGGGGCCUCCCGCACCCUCCAGGCCGCUGCCGGGCAGGUCACAGGUGCAAAGCGCUUGCUCUGGCUGUGCCCCAGCCAUCGCUCACCCUUGGCGGGAGUGCCUUUCUCCGCUCCCCCGUGGGAGCUGACUUCUACUUGUCUUUCAGAUCUUCGCCUCCUCCACGGGCUUGCCUGACCCCCAUCCCCGACCCGGAUCCUCUGCGCUUUCACAGUCGGGUGUUUCUCACUGUUCAUGCUGCUUUGCAAGGUACAUGGUCAGGCCCCAGGACUAGCCUGGAAGCCCCCGCGGUGGGUGGGGCAUGUCCUCUCCUCUCUGGCCUGGCAGGUGCUUCACCAAUAUUCGAUGAACAGACGACACCAGCUGCGUACCUGGCCCUGUGCCGCGGUCGGGAAUGUGGACAGGUGCCGAGCGAGACAGAACUCUACCCCCCACCCCCGGGGUUCCUAGUUUGGCAGUGGCGCAGCUGCCCACAGAUGCCUGCAUUGGCAGGCGCGAUCUUCGCACAAAGAGGCGCCGAGAAGCCAGUUUCGGGGCUUCCUUCCCGGUCGGGCCGGGGAAUUGGGCCUGGGGAGGGAGAGGGUGCGAGCGCCAGCGGCCGCCUCGGUUCUGCACUACCAGCCGCGACCACUAGAGGUCAGCGCCGCGCCGCGCUCCCUCCUCCCGGAAAGGGACUGGAGCUCUAAACGCCCCCCUUCGGUCAAGGGGUGACCGGGCAAGGGGAUGUAGUGUUGGUGGGGUGCAGCCUGAGGUCUGAAAAACCGACGGAGGAAUUUGAAAGAACAGCCCCACUCCUUUGGCCCACGUUCUCAAGACUAAGAAGCCAUUUCUAGGUGGGCUGGGUGGGAGAUGUGUUGUCGGGGGUGCCCUGGCCGUGACAGUUGAGUGGGGGAAGGGAUGCUGGGUUCUCCAGGGUUCAUCCACCUGGAACUGGAAUUAUCACUUCCGAAAUAAAGCGUGUGUCCUUGCCCCUCA